CUUCGACCGUCUCUUUCUUUCUCCUCUCUAUUCUCUAUUCUCUACUCUCUCUCUUUCUCUUUUUCUCUGUGCAGAAAACCAAAAAGAAAGCCAAAGAAAAUAGAAGAAAAGGAAAGCUCCCCCAAGAAAUCUCAGAUCCUUGCCUGCGAAGCACCUCAGAAUCGCUGAUUUUUGUUCUUAUCCAUAGCUUUACAAUCUUUCGAUCCAUCUGAUAUCGCUUUCAAAUCUGUCAGUUGAUGCGUAGAAUUUGCUGCCGCUAAGACGCUUGGCUCUUCGUCCCUAAUCCGACUUCAUUAAAGGUAUUGGAGGUUGGUUGGGGGAAGAAAUGCAAUUUGAUAAAUCGCAUAGGGUUUCUGCAUGUCUGUGAAUAGAUCUCGCGUUGGCUCCUCGCUUGUUUUGGCAAAUUAUCUGAAAAGAUUUCGCGGAACCGGGGAUUGACAACUAAGAAGACCUUGAAUUUUGCAAUUUUCUUGUUGCAUAGAAAUGCAGUAUGAAUUCCAGCAUGUUAGGGUUUUGGAGGCAUAUAGAAGAAUUUCAGGCUUCGGGAAAUUUCCCAUCUGGUUGACUUGCUUGAACAAUUGAAAGGUUCAAAUCGGACGUUUUACAUGAAACAUGGCUCUUCAGAAGCAUAUACAUGUACCUUUGAGUAAUUCAUCUUCUCCUAGCAUGGCACCUUUGAAUUUUUCCAGUAAGGUGCAUGAGAAGGGUCAAUUUGCAGAGCCAGAGAAAGCUGCAAGUCCUCCUCUGGAGCCUGAUGUGGAUAUUGAUCUUCGAGAAGUUUACUUUUUGAUCAUGCAUUUCCUAUCUGCUGGGCCAUGUCAUAGAACUUAUGGGCAAUUUUGGAAUGAACUCCUGGAACAUCAGCUUUUGCCUAGGAGAUAUCAUGCUUGGUAUUCAAGGAGCGGUGCACAUAGUGGGGAUGAAAAUGAUAAUGGGUUAUCCUUCCCAUUGAAUUACAAUAAAUUGGUCGAGAGGUAUCCUCACAUUGAAAAGGAUCACUUGGUCAAGCUUCUGAAGCAACUGAUACUCACUACAGCCCCACCAUUGCAUGGAAUGAUUGGAGGAAAUGCUCCAAAUGCAGCUGAUGUUCCUACACUUCUUGGAUCAGGCUCCUUUUCACUUCUAGAAUCUGAUAGAAACAAAGACAUGCAAGUGAAUUGUCUGCCUCGCUACUUGCGUUGGCCUCACAUGCAGGCCGAUCAGGUGCGUGGGCUAAGUUUGAGGGAAAUUGGAGGUGGUUUUAAAAAACACCACCGUGCCCCAUCCAUUCGUGCAGCAUGUUAUGCCAUUGCUAAGCCAGCAACUAUGGUGCAAAAGAUGCAAAACAUAAAGAAAUUAAGGGGACACCGAGAUGCUGUCUAUUGUGCCAUAUUUGAUCGCUCGGGGAGAUAUGUGAUUACUGGUUCUGAUGAUCGCCUUGUAAAGAUUUGGUCAAUGGAAACUGCAUUUUGCCUGGCAAGCUGUCGUGGACAUGAAGGUGACAUUACUGACUUGGCUGUGAGUUCAAACAAUGCUGUGGUGGCAUCCUCCUCAAAUGACUUUGUUAUUCGAGUUUGGCGCUUGCCAGAUGGGAUGCCAGUUUCAACUUUGCGUGGACAUACUGGAGCUGUUACUGCUAUUGCAUUUAGCCCCAGGACUGGUGCUGCAUUUCAGCUGUUAUCGUCAUCAGAUGAUGGAACAUGUCGGAUCUGGGAUGCUAGGAAUUCCAACUUUAGUCCACGAAUUUAUCUUCCAAAGCCUCCAGAUGUGAUAGUUGGAAAGAACAAUGCUCCAUCAUCAAGCAGUGGUCCACAGAACCAUCAGAUAUUGUGCUGUGCAUUCAAUGCUAGUGGAACCGUUUUUGUCACUGGUAGCUCAGACACUUAUGCAAGGGUGUGGAAUGCGUGUAAAUCAAACACAGAUGACUCAGAGCAACCGAAUCAUGAGAUUGAUGUGCUGUCUGGCCAUGAAAAUGAUGUCAAUUAUGUGCAAUUCAGUGGCUGUUCUGUGGCGUCUAAAUUUUCAACAACUGACAUAUCAAAGGAAGAAAAUAUUCCAAAAUUCAAAAAUUCCUGGUUUUCUCAUGACAACAUAGUUACCUGUUCUCGUGAUGGCAGUGCUAUUAUUUGGGUUCCAAGAUCACGUAGAUCUCAUGGCAAAGCUGGACGCUGGACACGUGCAUAUCAUCUUAAAGUUCCACCUCCGCCAAUGCCUCCUCAACCUCCUCGUGGAGGCCCACGCCAGAGAUUUCUUCCCACUCCUCGUGGUGUUAACAUGAUUGUAUGGAGCCUGGAUAACCGCUUUGUGCUUGCUGCUAUCAUGGAUUGCAGAAUUUGUGUUUGGAAUGCUGCUGAUGGUAGCUUAGUUCAUUCAUUGACUGGUCAUAGUGAAUCUACUUACGUUCUGGAUGUACAUCCUUUCAACCCACGAAUGGCUAUGAGUGCUGGGUAUGAUGGAAAAACUAUCCUUUGGGAUAUAUGGGAAGGCAUUCCUAUUCGUGUAUAUGAAACUGGACGAUUCAAGUUGGUGGAUGGGAAAUUUUCUCCGGAUGGGACAUCAAUUAUACUUUCGGAUGAAGUUGGUCAAAUACACAUAUUAAACACUGGACAAGGGGAGUCCCAGAAAGAUGCCAAAUAUGAUCAGUUUUUCCUUGGAGAUUAUCGCCCGCUUAUGCAAGAUACCCAUGGGAAUGUUGUUGAUCAGGAAACUCAGCAAAAUCCAUAUCUAAGGAAUAUGCAAGAUCUCCUUUGUGACUCAAGUAUGAUUCCUUACCCAGAACCUUAUCAGAGUAUGUAUCAGCAACGACGAUUAGGUGCUCUGAAUAUUGAGUGGCGUCCUCCCUCCAUAAAAUAUGCCGUUGGAGCGGAUAUUACUCUUGGCCUCCCAGAUUACCAACUGCUGCCACUGGCAGACCUGGACAGAAUGAUUGAACCAUUACCGGAGUUUAUUGAUGCAAUGGAUUGGGAACCAGAAAAUGAAAUCCAGAGUGAUGAUACUGAUUCAGAGUACAAUGUUACUGAUGAAUAUUCUAGUGAAGGAGAGCAGGGAAGUUUAAAUACCAGCUCGUCUGGUGAUUCAGCAUGCAGUGUAGAAGAUAGUGACGUUGAACACAGUCUUAAAGAUAGCCUUCGCAGAUCAAAAAGGAAAAAACACAAGGCAGAAGUUGAGUUCACAACUUCUUCUGGGAGGCGUGUUAAGAGGAGGAAUCUGGAUGAGUGUGAUGGCACUUUGCCCAGGAGUAAUAGGAGUAAGAAAUCAAGAAAUGGCCGUAAAGCUUCAAGGAAGAAAUCCUCUGCAUCAAAGUCAUUGCGACCUCAGAGAGUUGCUGCACGUAAUGCUUUGAAUUUGUUCUCUCGGAUUAGUGGAGCAUCAACAGAUGGAGAAGAUGAAGAAAACGUGGAAAAUGAUUCAUCAGAAAGUGAUUCAGUGCUACAAGAUUCAAAUGUUCAGAACUAUGAAUCUGAUAGAUCUAUGCAGAAUCUGCAACAGAAACAUUCAAAAGGGAAAGAUACAUCCUUAGAUGAUCUUGACAAUGUUGUCAAACCUCCUGAGGCUUCUGAAUCUCAGAUGAAUGUUGGAAACAGGAAGAGGUUGGUUUUGAAAUUGCCUGUUCGUGAUUCAAAAAAGCUUAUUCCUCCAGAGAACACAAGAUCCGAAUCUGGCAAGCAUGUUGAUUUAAUGAGCUCAUCAUCCAGAUUUCAUCAAGAAACUACUAGAGCAAACAAGACUUGUGUAGGAUCCUAUGAUCCUGGCUCCUCUUCUGGUGAUGCAGUUGAAAGUCUGCAGUUUCAAAGUAGUGCUGGAACAAAAACAAGAGAGAGAACACAGUCUGGAAGGGUUGAUGAUCAUUUGGAGUUAUCUGCAGGCUACAAGGAAAACAAGAUUAAAUGGGGAGAGGUCAAGGCUCGUUCGUCCAAGCGUUUCAAAUUUGCAGAUGCCAUGGCAGUAGAUGCAUCCCUUGGAUCUAUUGUGGGUUUUGAUGGUCAUGCCAGAAAUGAGAAUGUCAACAGAUUUGUGAAAUCUGAACAUGAUACAUCACUUCCUUCAGAAGUUCAGAACCAUGGAGAUAGGAUAGAAGGUAAGAUUGAUGAUGAUGGGAAAGACUUGACAGCAAUCAAUUUAGAGAGUGUGGAUGGUGCAAGAAAUAAAGAACUUGGAUUUCCUGAUUACAUGCAUGCAUCUUCGUCAUUUGAACUGGGCACUUGUAAUGGGAAUGCCAGCAAGGAAUCCAAAGAUCAGCUUGAGUUUGGUGAUUGUAAAAAUUAUGAUGACUCACUAAAAGGAGUUGAUACAACUAAUGAUGAUCAAUUUGAAUCUUCUCUCUUUAGCUCUCAGAAUGGAGGUGAACACUCCAAAGAAGUCAAGGAGAACCCUCAAUCUAUUCAUACUAAGUUGAGGAUCAGAUCAAAAAGGAUUUUGGACCCUGAAAGUUCUUCCAAGCAAAAGUCCGCUGUUGGAAUAACAGACUGGGAAAGUUCUAGAGGUGAAUUAAUGUCUGAAAAUAUCCUGCACAUGGAACAGAAUAUAAAUUCAGGAGUAGCUGAAGAGGAUGAAGGUGCAUUAAGAGACAGUCAUGAGGACUGGCAUGGCUUAGGAAAACCUGAUGCACAUAUUGAUACAGGUUGCAGUCCGUCCAGUUUGGAAGAUUUAGGGAAGUUGCAUUCAGAUUCCAACAAUAAGAUGUACAAUGCUGUUUACAAAAGGUCAAAGUCAUACAGAUUAACAAAUUGUCUAGAAGGGGAUACUGGUGGUUUGGAUGAAAGUAUUUCAAAUGCUAGCAACCAUAACCUUGAUGUAAAAAUAGAUUUCCCUGAAGCUGGACCUGAUGGCACCCGUAGAACAAGAUCAACAGGGACAAAGGCAACAACAAAAGAGAGGGAAGGUUAUGGAUCAGUGGGGACAUCAAAAUAUGUAGAGAAGUUGACCACAAACAAUCGUGAGCAGAUCCCAUGUGAAGAUUGGAUGUCAGGUUCAAAAGUGACCGUUGGAUUAAGGUCAUCUAGAAACAGAAGGGGCAAUUAUGACAAUGACUUGAAUCUUUCAGAUAAGAGGAAGGCACAUCAUUCAGCAAGAAAAUUGUCAUGGUUGACAUUGGCAGAGCAUGAAGAGAGCUACAGAUAUAUUCCCCAGCUAGGUGAUGAAGUUGUAUAUUUUAGGCAGGGCCAUCAAGAGUAUAUAGAAUCCAGUCGUUCAGCUGAAGUAGGGCCUUGGAGGUCAUUUAAGGGGAACAUAAGAGCUGUUGAAUUUUGUAAGGUUCAAGGUCUUGAUUAUUCCACCCUUGCUGGAUCCGGGGAGAGCUGCUGUAAAAUCACACUUGAAUUUGCAGAUCCUUCUUCCAGUGAGUUUGGUAAAAGAUUCAGGUUGACUCUGCCUGAAUUGAUCAAUUUUCCAGACUUUCUUGUGGAAAGGACAAGGUAUGAUUCUGCCAUUAAGAGAAAUUGGACACAUAGGGAUAAAUGCCAAGUCUGGUGGAGGAAUGCAGAUGAGGAAGGUGGGAGUUGGUGGGAAGGUCGUGUUACAGUUGUAAAACCCAAGUCUCUUGAAUUUCCAGACAGCCCAUGGGAAAGAUAUCUUAUUCAAUACAAGAGUGAUCCUGCAAACCCUCAUCCACAUAGCCCUUGGGAGUUGCAUGAUCCUGAUAUCCCAUGGGAGCACCCUCAUAUUGAUUAUGAAAGCAGUGGGAAGCUGUUAUCUCUUUUUGCCAAGUUAGAGCAGUCAGCAAACAGAAGUCAGGACCCUUACGGGAUUCAGAAGCUGAAACAAGUAGCACAGAAGUCGGAUUAUCUAAAUAGAUUUCCUGUUCCACUAUCACUUGAAUUAGUCCAGUCAAGGUUAGAGCAUAAUUACUAUCGCAAAUUGGAGGCCGUGAAGCAUGAUAUCUCGGUUGCACUGUCAAAUGCCCAAUCAUACUUUGUGAGAAAUGCAGAACUUGCAGGAAAGAUGAGACGCCUAGCAGAUUGGUUUACACGAGCUCUGUCUUCAUUGUAGUCCUCAGCAGAGACAAUUUUGUAGAAGGAUCAGUCUCCGAUGAGGUUUGAGCAAAGCUUAUUCUGGUUUUGUUGUAGAUAUUCUUUUAAUUUUUAUUUAUUGCAAGGUCUUUGAUUUGUACCCAUUGAUCCAAUUUUGGGGAUUUGUUGGUUUUCCUUUGGGAAGAUUGUUGUUGGGGAGAGAAUGAUCUGAAGAAAGAGCCAGUUGUGGAAAAUCACAACCACCAGAAAUUUAUUCUUGUAUAGACAGAUGCUCACUUCCAUCAUCAAUCAUCAGGAAUAAGAAGAAAAGAAAAGGGAAAAAAAAAGUUAAAUAGUUAACAAUA